CACACAGGACAGUGUGAUGUGUGUAGUAAGGAGUUCAAUCAGAAAGGUAGCCUAUAUACACACCUCAAGACACAUACAAGAGUGAAACCGUACAAGUGUGAAAUAUGUGCAAAAGAGUUUAUUUUGAAACAUCACUUACAACGACACACGAGGACACACACCGGGGAACUACCAUAUAAAUGUGGUGUGUGUGGACAGGGGUUUCACGACACGACAAACUUACAGAAUCACUUGAGAAAACAUACAGGAGAACGGCCAUUCAAAUGUGAUGUUUGUGGCGACUUGUUUGGUAAUAUAGGAAGUCUUCAAAAACACCUGAAGAGACACACGGGGAUGACGCCAUGCAAGUGUGUUGUCUGUGGAGCCUGGUUUAGUGUGACGCGUAGCCUACUAUCUGAAACAGGUGAAAAACCCAACAGGUGUGAAGUGUGUGCAAAGGGAUCAAAACAAGAAACAAGCAUCAAACAGAAAUCAACCAAGUGUGAUGUCUGUGGUAAAAAGUUCGGGUGUUCAUCUCAUCUGGUGAGACACGCCAGGAUACAUACGGGCGAAAAGCCAUGCAAGUGUGAUAUCUGUGGUAAGGCAUUUAAUCAAAACUCCAUCCUACUGGGCCAUCUCAGGACACAUACAGAUAAAAGUAAAAGGGAAAAAGCUCACAGGUGCGAAGAGUGUGGCAAGUGCUACAGUUCCUCUUCAAACCUGCGGAUGCACAUUAUGUCGCAUUCGGACGAGAAACCAUACAAAUGUAACGUUUGCGGAAAAGGAUUCAUGUGUUCAUAUCGUCUCAAUAGACAUCUGAUCAUACAUACAGGGGAGAAGCCAUACAAGUGUGAUGUGUGUGGUAAAGGGUUUAGUCAGGCAAGUAACCUCCAAAUACACAUGACGACUCAUUCAGGGGAGAAGCCUUGCAAGUGUGAUAUCUGUGGUGAAGGAUUCAGUCGAACAAAGUACCUACAAGUACACAUCAAGUCUCACACGGGAGAGAACCCAUGCGUGUGUGACUUCUGUGGUAAAGUUUUUAAUCAUAAAGGCAACCUACAGUCUCAUAUCAGGACACAUACAGGGGAGACAAGACAAUACAAAUGUUACGUGUGUGGUAAGGGAGUUAAUCAGUACGCUAGCCUUCAGGUACACCUCAGGACGCACACCGGUGAGAAACCAUAUACAUGUGACAUCUGUGGUAGAGGAUUUAGUGUAGGAUCUAGCCUGCGAACACACAUCAGGAUACAUACAGGGGAGAAGCCAUAUCAAUGUGACAUCUGUGAUAGGGGGUUCACUCAGAGUUCUAGCCUUAAGAUACACCUUAAGGUUCAUAAACAGGAGAAUUCAAAGACAACCUCAGACUCUGAGUCAUCUAUCCCAAUCGGCUAGAGAGUCAUCUCUGAGUGUCAAGAUCACGCACCUAUGCAAGAUUGACAUGGUGCCAUUUUAUCCAGAACGUCCAAAUUGAAAGAAUAAACGAAAAGCUUUAGGCUUAGUAUUUGAAUUGUUCUGUAGCUAGAGAAGACGGCUAUGGUGUUUGUUUAGAUGAAUUUUUCUGUAGCUAGAGAAGACGGCUGUGGUGUUUGUUUAGAUGAAUUGUGCUGUAGCUAGAGAAGAAGGCUAUGGUGUUUGUUUAGUUGAAUUGUUCUGUAGAUAGUGAAGACGGCUAUGGUGUUUGUUUAGAUGAAUUGAUCUGUAGCUAGAGAAGACAGCUAUGGUGUUUGUUUAGAUGUAUUGUUCUGUAGCUAGGGAAGACGGUUAUGGUGUUUGUUUAGAUGAAUUGAUCUGUAGCUAGAGAAGACAGCUAUGGUGUUUGUUUAGAUGAAUUGGUCUGUAGCUAGAGAAGACGGCUAUGGUGUUUGUUUAGUUGAAUUGUUCUGUAGCUAGGGAAGACGGUUAUGGUGUUUGUUUAGAUGAAUUUUUCUGUAGCUAGAGAAGACGGCUGUGGUGUUUGUUUAGAUGAAUUGUUCUGUAGCGAGGGAAGACGGCUAUGGUGUUUGUUUAGUUGAAUUGUUCUGUAGAUAGUGAAGACGGCUAUGGUGUUUGUUUAGAGGAAUUGUUCUGUAGCUAUA